CUGCUGCGGUUGCUUUUGCUGCAGUGAAAAAGAGUCAAUGUACCUAUGGAAAAAAAGCUUAAAAAGAAAAGCUUUUCAUUUCAAUACUAAAUAAAAAUUACUUUCCGGUAAAAAUAAUGAAAAUUAUUGAAAGUUUUACAGUGAAAAGUGUAUGUAGUGUACUUAUUACAAAUUUUUAAUUCUAAUACGUGAAAAUGUUAUAUUCGAAGUAAUGUAUAAAUAAUAGACUCGAAGAACGUCAUGUCAGAAGAACAUGACGCUGAUUGUGCGACAAGUAAUAAUAAAUACCGAAAUGAUCAAAAAAAUGAGAGCAGUGAAUUUGUGAAUAUCGUACCUGAUGAGCUGAAAGAAGAACAGGAAGAAGAAUAUGCCAAUACAGCUGAAUUAAUCACAGAAAGUGCCAUAAAUAAUAAACAUUUAAAUAGUGAAAAAAGUAGAAAUAAUGACGAAUGUAGUGCCAAUGAUAAACUUCAAAGCGAUCUUAGAUGGACUCUUGAAGGUGCUGAAUUUAAAAUAUCAUGGAGUCUUCCGGAGGGAUUGGCGACCGGAAAGGACUACAUCGCUUUGUGUUAUGCAGAAUCGGCGAGCAUCGCUGGCGUCGUCAGGCGCGUGCCGGCGACCGGAUGCGCCACCGGCGACAUAAUGUGGCUUCUUGAUGAGCCGAAUCAACCUUAUGAAGACUGUGAGCAGCUACUUUGCUUUCGUUAUUAUAAUGGCGAGGGUGAAGAAUGUGUGGCGGAGUCCCCGACAAUACCACCGCGUUUCAAGGUAGACCUGAAGAAAUUACCUCUUCGCCUCAAAGAAGGUAUUUCAAGAAAGCGGAGUGGCGAUCAAGUCUCGCCAUUUUCCUAUCACAAUGAAAGUUUUGAAAUGAAUUCAGAGAAUCCACCUCGGGUUGAGUUUGUCUCCGGUACCAGCCAAGACAUCAAGCAUCUUAGCGAAAAUGUCAACAAAUGCUCAAUUAGUGCUUUAGAAAGUAACGGGAACAAUAUAAAUCUCGAUCAAACAAAAUGUGAUCCUAGUAAAUCUCUAGUUAGUAGUGUAAGUAAAGAAUCUCUUUCUGUAAAUAGUGAAUCUCAGAGUGCUAUAGACUGCAAAGCUACGUCAUCGGGUGUUAAGAAGAAAUGCCCUCCGCCAGUAGACACAGGCGGCGGGCAAAUAUCAACUGGCGUUAAAAAGAAAACAAAAGCGAACAGUGGUUUCGAAUCACCGACUUCGCCAGGUACGGAGUAUUAUAAAAUAUGGUCACCAAAGAAUCCUUGUAAAAUAAUGAAGUUCGUAUAUGACGUUGAAGGUGCCAAUGUGCCAAGUGAUGCGGAAAAAUCACCUGUUCCACCCCUACCUCCUCGACAAUCCCACAAACCACUGGAAAGAAUGCACGCAUUAUCUCCACCUCAGGUACCAAGACAUCGGAAGCCAAAAAAACUCACAAAACCCGAAGAUGCAUUUACAUUUGAGUUGAUAGAUAUAGAUGAACAAUUUUUUACUGAUAAUAAUAUUACAAAUUCUGCUGUAUUACAAGGUCAAAUAAAUGACUUCAAACCUGGAGAAUUUUAUUCAGGUAAUCAGGUCUCUAUGUCUUCAACGACUUCAUUUUGGAGGGGAGGUCAAAAUGUCGCUCCUCUGGCUACACCCGAAACUGAUGGCAGCUUAUGUGAUUCCAUGGUCUCUUCUAUGAAAAUAUCUAAGUUAAACGAGGAAAAGAAAGAUAAACUUGUACCUGAAAGCUCUACUAGCAUUAGUAAAAAUAACAUAAUGUUCAUUAAAGAUAUAGGACCAGAUAAUUAUAUAACUACAACAUUUGCAAGGAAAGAUAAAUCUAGUCCCUCUAAUGAUGUCGUAGAUAGUGUUAUUCUAACACCAAAUCAUGCGAAAUCAGAAGAGAAAGCUCAAAACACUUUUCUUAAUGAUAUUAGUAAUAAUUCUGAAUUUGAAGAUGACAACAGAAAUCAAAUUGAAGAGAAAGAAAUUACUAUACUAAAGAGCCAUAAGCCUUUAACGAGACAAUGUUCAGGUCGUGCUACACCCACUAUGAUGACAGCUUUUCUGAACUCUUCACACAUUGAUGCACCGACUAGGGAAACUGAUAAUAAUAGCCCUAAUGCACCAAGUUCUUGUAACUCUUCACAUUCAUCAUCACCCGUAGAUGAUCCAAACAAAACUCUGCCGUGUGUAGGAACUUUGCUAAUGAAUCGAAAAUAUUCAUGUGAUAGUUCAACGCCAAAGCAUUCUAGUUUACCUCGGCAUUUAUUAAAGACCCUCGGAUGCGAAAAUACGCCAAAGCACUCUCCGCUUAAAACACCUAAUAAAAAUAACGAGGAGAGUCCAGUGCGGCCACAUCCUAGGGUACUAGCAAGAGUGGCCGCUUUGGCUGGUGCCGCAGUUCCUCAAUGUCCACCUACGCCUACACAUCAUGCGAGAAGGCCUCGGCCUAUGCCUCCACCAGAUCUCCAUCCACCACCAAUAAACUUAGAGAAUAGGCUACACGAGAACUUUGAAAUGGUGGAAUUUACAAGUGAAUUACGGACAUCAGAGAUCAGAUCGCCAAAUCUUGAAUUUGUUAACAGUAACCACUUUACUAUAGUUCACGCUGGACCGCCUGAUGGGGUUGUUCUUCGAAGACCACGACCUAUUGAAGAUAAUGAUGAUAAUGACAAUGCUGUAGCAUCACCAACGCCUCUGAGGCAUAUGGCUGGAAUUAGGUUACCAUCGAUACCUGAGAGAGCGUCAAGGCAGAUGGCCUUAACGGGUGACUUCCCUGCCAAUAUGAUCGGAGGGAUUAUUGAAUGUGAAGAGCCCUUACCUGCAGGUUGGGAGGCGCGCAUGGAUAGUCACGGACGUGUGUUCUAUAUAGACCAUAUAAAUCGGACCACGACGUGGCAACGGCCCGGCGAUAAUGGAACAACACCAAGAACACCUGCUCCUGAAGUGCAGAGGAGGCAACUUGAUAGAAGGUACCAAUCAAUCCGACGGACGAUGACGCGCACGCAACUAGCGGACGAGGGCGGCGCGUGUGCGUCCCCGCCGCCCGCCCCCGUGCCCGCCGCCGUCACACACUCGCCCGUUGCCGGCGCCGCGCCCGCUUCCGCCUCCGCCUCCGCCCGUACUCCGCACGCGCCACACCCGGCUGCCGAGUUCCUAGCCCGACCAGACUUCUACUCUAUACUUCAUAUGAAUCAGGAGGCAUCGUCGCUGUACAACUGCAACUCGACGCUGAAGCACAUGAUCUCCAAGAUACGGCGGGAUACGGCGUCGUUCGAACGGUACCAGCACAACCGGGACUUGGUGGCGCUCGUCAACAUGUUCAGUGAGACUGACCGCGACCUGCCACUCGGGUGGGACACCAAACUCGACCGCAAUGGAAAGCGUUUCUUCGUGGACCACGUGAUGCGGCGCACGACGUUCAUCGACCCCCGCGUGCCGCCCGCGCCCCGCGCCGGGCCCGCGGCCGGGCCCUACAGCCCGCUGCUGCCGCCGCGCCGCCGCCCCGACCACCUCGCCCACCUCGUCCAGGCGCCGACGCCACCGCCGCGGCCGCCUCUCACCACGGUCGACACGCACGCGCACAACUCACAGGAGGAAAUACCUGUCGCUUACAAUGAUAAGGUGGUGGCGUUCCUGCGGCAGGCGAACAUCAUGUCGAUCCUGCGCGAGCGCUGCGGCGCGGCCGGCGCCGGGCCCGCGCUGCGCGACAAAGUCCGCGCCGUCCGCGCCGACGGUGUCGCCGCGCUCGCGCGCUACCAGUACGACGUGCAGUUCACCUGUAUGCUCAGCCUGUUCGAGCAGGAGAUCAUGAGCUACGUGCCGGCGGGUGGGUGCGGAGCGGGUGCGUCCCCCGCAGCGUCUCCGGCGGCCGCGCGAAGCACGCGUGCGCCCGCGCCGCAGCGCCGAGACUUCGAAGCCAAACUGCGAGCUUUCUACCGCAAGCUGGAGAGCAAAGGAUACGGCCAAGGACCCGGGAAAUUAAAACUAAACAUACGCCGGGAGCACCUUUUAGAAGACGCGUUCAGACGCAUCAUGUCUUGCGGAAAGAAGGAACUACAGAAGGGCAAAUUGUGCGUGCUUUGGGACGGCGAGGAAGGACUCGACUACGGCGGCCCCAGUAGGGAGUUCUUCUUCCUGCUGUCCAGGGAACUGUUCAACCCUUACUACGGCCUCUUCGAGUAUUCCGCCAACGAUACGUACACGGUCCACGUGUCGCCUAUGUCCGCCUUUGUCGACAACCACCAUGAGUGGUUCCGUUUCUCUGGGCGCGUACUGGGCCUGGCGCUAGUUCACGGCUACCUGCUCGAGGCGUGGUUCACGCGAGCCCUUUACCGGGCGCUUCUCCGGCUGCCACCGGCGCUGGAAGACGUCGAUGCGCUCGAUGCACAGUUCGCUGCGUCGCUGCGGUGGCUACAGUCGGCUCGUUGCGUGUCGUCUCUGGAGCUCACGUUCGCUGUAUCCGAGCGCCUCGCAGACGGCCGAGUGCUGGAACGAGAGCUCAAGCCUGGCGGGAGGGAAGUGGCUGUUACUGAGAGAAACAAGAAAGAGUACCUGGAGAGGGUGGUACGGUGGCGGGUAGAGCGGGGCGUUGCAGAACAGACCGAGUGGCUCGUUAGGGGAUUCCACGAGGUGGUGGACCCGCGGCUGGUGGCGGCGUUCGACGCGCGCGAGCUGGAGCUGGUGAUCGCGGGCGCGCCCGAGCUGGAUGUGGCCGACUGGCGCGCGCACACCGAGUACCGCGGCGGCUACCACGACGCGCACCCCGUCAUCGUCUGGUUCUGGCAGGCCAUCGACAGAUUCACAAACGAGCAACGGCUGCGGCUCGUCCAGUUCGUGACGGGCACGUCGUCGAUCCCCUACGAAGGGUUCUCGGCGCUGCGCGGCUCCACCGGCCCGCGCCGCUUCUGCAUCGAGCGCUGGGGACGCGUCGAGUCGCUGCCGCGCGCACACACCUGCUUCAACCGCCUCGACCUGCCGCCCUACCCCACGCCGCAGCUACUGCACGAAAAACUCCUACUAGCCGUUGAAGAAACGAACACGUUCGGCAUCGAAUAAAUACAAUUUCUAUCAAGCUAAACCCACACUGAUUUAUUACCAUGCGGAUAUUUCACCACUAUUCUAUUACGUAUUCGCAGGAGAAAACCGCACGGGAAUCAUUCCGAAUACGCAUAUUGAAAUUAGUAUAGUGAAAAUUCGCUGUGCAUACUUAUCUAAGGGCCUACGCAGAUGUAGGGACUCUUUGUAUACAGCAGAAAAAAAAAUCCCUUAUUAUUUAUCCGCGGACAUGUAAACUCGUAUAUCCGUUGUGUUCUAUUUUAGAAUAUAUCAUAAAGAAACCUCAUGGCGGAGGCCAUUAGCUUACUACUACUACAUUAGCUACUUAUAAUCUAUGCACGCGCAGAGUUAACUAAAAUGCUUCUCUGAAAAUUAUAUAUUGCAAUAACCGAACUAGACUUAACCAUGGAAGUCUUGUGACUGAUAAGCAGCUAUCAUUAGGUUCGAUGCCCGCAAAACGCAUUAGCAGAUGUAAAUAGUUACUAAUUAUUAUUUAAUCUUUGGUCAAUGUAAAUAAUAGUCAAUUGAUAGAAUAGACGGAAACAAAGAUAAUGUAACUUGAGUUGUUAGACUCUGUCUGUAAAUUUAUUAACGUAGACGUGCCUCUAGACACUUAUAAUAUUACUAGCCACCCCUAUGUAUCGAGGUUUGUACUUUAUAAUGCUUUUAUUGUAAGUGAAGUAUAUUGUGGCUGUGAACUGGGAUUCGGGUCCCAUAAUUAGAUAUUACGCUUUGUCACUAAUUUAUGAUCGUAAUAACGACGAUACAGUUUAUAGAGACGAGGACAGCUGUUAUACAAGUUCGUAGUAAUAAAAUAAAAUGAUCCCGGUUUGUUUAAUUGAAAGUUAUAUUAAAAUAUUUCCAUU